UACGUCCAGGUGCGUCUUAUUAAGCUGUGGGAGACCCCCCGCGUGUCUUCUCACCUUGUCUUCGUGCCUCGUGAGGAUGCCCAAUGCGAUGCCCGCUCCGUCGAGCUCGGAGAGUGAGGAGGAAACACCAGGCUCCUCAUCAGCAAACAGUGAGGAGGGAACACCAGGCGCGUCAUCAACAGACAGUCGUAGCUCUGGUGACGUGAUGGAGGAGGCAAAGAGACUGAUCGGCACAGGGAACCGCCAUCUUGUGAUGCGAGACGUUGUUUCUGCUGUUGACAUGUUCCAGAGUGCCUGUGGCAUGCUGGCUUCUAGAUAUGGCGACAUUGCUCAUGAAUGUGGGGAGGCUUACUUCCUGUGUGGGAAGUCACUCCUGGAGCUUGCCAGGAUGGAGAGUGGUGUCCUCGGUACUGCACUGGAAAGUAUUCCAGAGGAAUCGGAGCCUGAAGGGGAUCCCACCAACUCAAGUAUUGAAAGGGAAAAUGAUAUUGAUGACGAGGAGGUGGAGGAGGAUGACGACGACGAUGACGAUGACGAUGACGAUGACGAGGAUGCAGAUGAAGAAAAGGGACAAAAUAAAGAAGAUGAUGUUGGAAAUUUGCAGUUGGCAUGGGAGAUGCUGGAAGUGGCCAAAGUCAUCUACAAAAGAAGAGAAAGUAAAGAUGACCAGCUGAUGGCAGCUCAGACAUAUCUGAAACUAGGAGAAGUCAGCACAGAGUCGGGCAACUAUCCCCAGGCUCUGGAAGACUUUCAAGAGUGUCUUGCCUUGCAGCUGAAGCUCUUGCCUCCCCACAGUCGUCUGCUGGCUGAAACCCACUACCAUGUUGCUACUACAUAUUGCUAUAUGGAUCAAUACAGCCAGGCUGUCGAGCACUACAACAACUCCAUUGAAGUCCUUGAGACUCGAAUGGCCAUGUUACAGGAGUUGAUCGAUGCAGCAGAAGGAACAGAUGGUGCCACAAAGGAGAAAAAUGAAGUGGAAGAACUUAAGCUGCUUCUGCCUGACAUCAGAGAGAAAGUGGAGGAUGCAAAGGAAAGCCAGCGAACAGCGAGUGUUGCCUCACAGGCCAUCCAGGAGACGCUCCGUGGCGCUUCAACGUCGUUGGCAUUCCCAUGUGUAAACAGCAGCCCAUCUUCAUCAGCCGCAUUUCCAACCACCAGCAAGAGCCUGGCAGAAGCACAACCUUCAUCUGACAGUGCCUCUUCCUCCAAACCAGUCUCAAACAUCUCCCACCUUGUCAGACGAAAGACUGCCUCUAUUGACAGUUUUGAAGAUGGCAGUCCUGCAAAAAGGGCUAAAUGUGGACCCACAGAUAAUGGCAGCACAGACUCAAGCCCGAGGAAAGUCCAGGACGGAAAAUCACACAAGCCUGCCAGCCAGUCAACGUCAGUUGAGCCCUCGGUGUGAUGGUCUUCGGCUCUUUCAGAAACCAGCACGACAUGUGUCCAGCCCCUCGCCACCUUUCACAACUUUAUGUAAAUAAGAUUAAUUUUCACAUUGGUGCAGUUUUGUAUACUUAAAAAAAAGGGUGUUCUAAAUAAAGAAUUUUCA